GCUCAAAAAGCAGCAGUGUACCUAACACCAACAACCCUCGAACUAGACGGGAAAUGUCCCGUCCUAAACCCUAACCAAAGCUCCGCGGACCUAGACGUUGUGACGAAAAGGAUCUUAUUCGGGAAAUGCCAUAAUUCCGGACAGACAUGCGUAUCCCCAGACUACCUCGUCGUACCCACCCAAAACGACCCUUCCGUCCUCCCACGAAUCAUCGCCUCCUUCCGCCGCGCAUACACCUCUUUCUUCCCCUCUGACUCCCACCCAACCCUCUCCCGGAUAUCCUCCCCUGCCCAUCUUGCCCGCCUCACAUCCCUCCUCACCCGCUCAAAAGGCCGCGUAGUCCUAGGUGGGCACGCCGACCCCGCGAAUCUCAGAAUGGAUGUGACCCUCGUAGGAGUAGACGAAACCGACCCCCUAAUGAGCGAAGAGAUCUUCGGUCCCAUCUUACCUAUCCUCGAAAUUCGCGAUUGGGAGGAGGCCGUACAACUAGUAGACACGGUAUCAGGGGCUCCCUUGGUUGUGUAUCUGUUUUCGGAGGAUGCGGUGGUUAAGGAGAUAGUGAGGAACCGCACCCGGAGCGGGAGUCUCGUAUGUGGGUGUACGUUCUUGCAGAUGGCUGUGUACGAACUCCCCUACGGCGGCAUCGGUGAAUCCGGGUCUGGACGCAGCAACAAAUCUGCCAUGGAAGAAUUCUCCUACAUCCGCUCCCAAAUCGACGUUCCCACCUCCGAGUCCAUGGAGUCUCAUCUAGAGAUAUUCUAUCUGCCCUAUUCGGAGGAGGCGACGGAGGCGGUGAAGAAGACGGGCUUGGGGGUAUGUCUUCCGAGGAGUUCGGCUGAGGGGGGUAUUAUCGAGAAGAGUAUGAAUGGGUGUUUGUUUGGAAGGGUAGGGUGUGGGGCUAGUGUUAUUUGUGCGGCCGGAGUCUGUUUAGUCCUUGGUAUUCGUAUUUUAAUCACAAUACAUAACAUGUCCUUGCAAUAAAUCGUGCUUUGACGCAAGAG